UUGGGCACAUAUGUGGAACAAACCGCACAGGCUCGCUCGCGGCUUGUGUGGGGGACACGCCGCACGCACACGCCUGUUAAUUGAGUUCUGUUGCUCACUCCAACCUAAUUGGUUUACCACGAGAGCGGUUGUUUAAUGGGGCGAACACGCACAUACACUCAGCCGCUGAAGGCUAAUGGCCAGCAAACACGGCGAGAGUGGAGCGACGAGCAGCGGCUCCGUGUUUGUUAUCGCCGAGGCCCCCGUCGUGCAGGGACUGUAAGCCCGGGCCCGCUAAAUGGUGUUAAAUGAUGCAUUUACAGACGUGUAAUGGGAACAUUUUAAAAGUCACCAAGUCAGACAGGUGCAAGACGGAUGAAAAAAGGUCUGAGGAAAUAGGCUAUGGUGUUGGAGCUUUUCAUUCAAAGUUUCCAAGACAACUGUGCUUCUAUCAAAGGCUCUUAUCUUAUGGCUCAACCAAUGUCUGAGCGCAUACCUAUCGAUUGAUCAGUCCAGAAAUAUAUCCAUAUAAAUUGUCAAUGGCUUUAGGCUGAAUCAGAUUAAUACAGAUCUGUGUGGAGGCAGGGUCCCACGGAUUCACCUGGACAAACACAGGUGGAUGCAGGUAAACGCUGCGGUAUUUACUGAGUGGCAUUGAUUUACACGCUGACAGACGCUCUGUUCAAUUUGCUGAGGGCUAUAGCAAGGCCUGACGUUUUGAGCAAACAGUGAAACCAAUGGUGUGGUCGCUGCAGAGUCACAUGGUGACCGAGUGACACACCUGUGUGGAGCAGUGAGGGCCUCGCAGUUGUGCCAGGAGCAGGUGGAGCAAAAGGUGCACGCCGAGGCUGCAGGGCACAGGUACGGUACAUGUGCGCGCAAACACAGCCUCGGGUCCUCGGCAGCCAUGAAUCGGGAAGAUCAUUACUACCCUUCGCAGGUUUUUAAAGACUCCUGCGCCUACCAGAGAUCACAGGGUGAGGACUACAGCCACAGCCCGCCGCCCUGCCUCUACAUGAGCAGGCAGGUCCACUCCGUCUACACAACGCCGUCCAUGGGAGCCUUGGAGCCGGCCAGCCUUCCUGACAUUGCCCCUGCGUACAGUCUACCUAUGCGGGAGGAUCCAGGUGUUCCUCAGCUCCACCACCCGCAGGGGCUCCAGCAGCAGCCUCUCCCGCCUACAGCAGGUUAUGGAGACACGGUGGAACAGAGCAGAUAUCACCUCCCUUUCCCCUGGAUGAAAACCACAAAAUCCCACUCACACACCUGGAAGGGACAGUGGGCAGGACCUUAUGUGAUGGCGGAGACUGAGGAAAACAAACGCACGAGGACGGCCUACACGCGCGCCCAGCUGCUGGAGCUCGAGAAGGAGUUCCUGUUCAACCGCUACAUCUCGAGGCCGCGCCGCGUGGAGCUGGCGCUGACCCUGAGCCUCACCGAGCGCCACAUCAAGAUCUGGUUUCAGAACCGGCGCAUGAAAUGGAAGAAGGAAGAGGACCGGAGGAGGGUGAGGGGCGCCGACCCGGACCAGGACUCCUCCAUCACAUCUGGAGACCAAGCGGAGGCUGCGGGCACAGUCCCUCACAUCACUACGCCCCCUGUUUCCCCGCUACAGGGCCACACUCUGUCCGCCACUGGGCCCAGAGAGCCCGCGUAGACCCACAGCAGGCGCUUAUUCUAAAGACUGGCAAAUCAUAUUGCACGAUGGAAAACCAACAGAAAUAGACCAGCACAAGACCUACAUUUGAUAGACCCCCAUCUGAGUGGAUAUUUUAGGAAGCUUUAGGGUGGAAAAAGUGAAACCACUUUAUCCCAGAAUUAGGAUAUGAGAUGGCAUUUAACUAAAAUUCUAAUUUUUCCAGGAACCCCCUUUACACUCCCUUAAGGACCAUCGCAACCACCAUUAUUGGAUACC